UCGGCAGAGCAGCAAUAUGAGCGCUCGUGGUACCGUUCGCUGAGAAAACGCGCGACGUGACGAGAUUCCAUUGCCGUGAAAUCGCGCGCCGUACGUGCCAGCGGGUCGCGCGACGCUCGCGUGCUCGGUGAGUGUUAACACAGUGCCGUGCCUGAUUGCGUCCCGCAACACGUGGAUACGUGGAUUUCUUGGUUAGUUCCCCGGAUCUUCGGAGGGAUACCCCGCCAGCCAUCGCCUCCGCCGCCGCCACCGUGGUCGUCGCCGUCGUGGCGAGGGAUUACUUUCGGUGAGAGGUGUUUCUCGACCUAGGCUAAGAUGUCACAUCACAGCGACGACAAUAUGCUGAUAGCGACGUCGGACUCCUUCUGGGAGCCGGGCAAUUACAAGCGCACCACGAAGAGGAUCGAGGACGGGCACAAGCUCUGCGACAGUCUGAUAGCGCUGGUCCAAGAGAGGGCGGAGAUCGAGAAGAGCUAUGCCAAGGCGUUGAAGAAUUGGUCGAAGAAUUGGAACGACAAGAUCGAGAAAGGACCCGAGUAUGGCACCACCGAGGCCGCGUGGAAGGGCGUUCUCGUGGAAUCCGACAGACUUUGCGAUCUUCACCUCAGGGUCAAAGAGAAUCUCUGCAACGACAUUAUCCAGCAGGUGAAGACGUGGCAGAAAGAUACGUAUCAUAAGCAGCUAACAUUGAGCGAGUUUGGUUUGCAGUCGAUGAUGACCCUGAAGGAACGCAAGGAAAUGGAGGACGCGUUCAAGAAGGCUCAGAAGCCGUGGGCGAAACUCCUGCAGAAGGUCGAGAAAGCCAAGUCGGAGUAUCACAACAGCUGUAAAACUGAACGGACAGCGGCGAACAUGGAGAGGAACGCUUCGGCAGACAGUUCGCUCUCGCCCGACCAGAUGGCCCGAGGCUCGGAAAACGUGAAGAAAAUGCAGGACAGGGUGCAGAAAACGAAAGAGGAGGUGCAAAAAGCAAAGGAGAAAUACGAGGCGGCGCUACAGGAAAUCAAUCAGUACAAUCCGAAGUACAUGGAGGACAUGACGCAAGUGUUUGAGAAGUGUCAGGAGAUGGAGGCGCAGCGGCUGCAGUUCUUCAAAGACGUCCUGUUCGGCAUUCACAAGUGUCUGAACAUCUCGCAGGAUCCAGUGCUUCCGCAAAUAUACGAGGAGUUUUAUCACACGAUAAACAACGCCGACCACGAGAAAGACCUCAAGUGGUGGUCCAAUAAUCACGGCGUGAACAUGGCCAUGAAUUGGCCGCAGUUCGAGGACUACACAGAGGAGUUCCGCGAGAUCACGAAGGGCUCGAAGUCGAAGGAGGCGCUCCCGGCAGGCUCCAUCACUCUCAUCAAUCAACGCCCGGUCGGCGAGGAUCUGCAUGAAUUUCCGCCAGUGAAUAAUAAAUCAAAAUCGAAGUCCGCCGGCCGGGUGAUAUCAGCGGACGGCAAUCACGCAGACAGCAAAACGGACACGAUAACCUCCACCAAGCAGUCCUCGGAGAAGAAUAAUCACGAAACCGACAGCGUCAACAGGACCUCAACGAUCACUAACGGCACUAACGUAAAGCAAGAGUCGAACCCGUUCGAGGAAGAGGAAUGGGAUGAGGAUGGGGGUGAGCCAUUGGUCGACAAUGGAGAGCCCGGAGUCCCCGUACGAGCGUUGUACGAUUACGAAGGAGCGGAAGCGGACGAACUCAGUUUCAAGCAAGGAGACGUAUUCGAGAAACUCGAAGAUGAGGACGAGCAAGGUUGGUGUAAAGGGAGAAAGGACGGCAGAGUGGGCCUCUAUCCAGCGAAUUACGUAGACCUGGUAUCGCAAUAAAUUCACGAUAUGACACGAUACGAAGCCAAAUCCACAAGUUCGUUAGUUACUUAAUGCGUAAACUCUGCGAAGAGUGGGAUGCUCUCGCGUUUCAUUUCUCCUCGCUGUUUUCUUCUGCAGCGAGACGAAAUUUAACGAAGUCGCGGAACACCAGCGUUCCGCGUCGUGCGAGGAAACGACACGACGAACAGAACGAAUAUGUUAGAUGAGGAACGAAUUAAAACUCGAAGUUUAACGCUUCCGGGCGAACGAGUUUCGGAGUCUAACUACUAGAACGCGAAUUAAUUAUCUGCAUUUAAGUUGUGUAAACGACGAGGGAGAAGCGAUUUCGUUCGGAGAUAACUUCUACAGGGCGUCGCGGAGGCAACUAGCGGAGUUAUAAUUUAAAUGAACAGCUUUCGGCACAAAAAUCUCC